AUGGUUGUUCCCUCUUUUACUUACUCACCACUUCCACAGAAGUCAUACACACGAAUGAUUCGCCUUUUGCCAGACAAGGAUGAAGAUGCCUUGAUCCAAUGCGAGCUUUUCAACUACCAUUUAUCACAACCAGGUGAGGUGCAUCUUUAUGAGGCGCUGUCCUAUGUUUGGGGAAGUUCAAUCAGAUCUCGUUCAAUCAUCCUCGAUGGCUAUAUGCUCCCUGUUACUGAAAGUCUUCACACCGCAUUGUUGCAUCUCCGAAGCAAGCAGCUGGAAAGAAUACUAUGGAUUGAUGCGAUAAGCAUAAAUCAGGAUGAUGACGGUGAGAAGAGCAAGCAGAUCCCGCGCAUGCGGAUGAUCUAUGCACAAGCCAGACGUGUUGUUGUCUGGCUGGGGGAGAGUCAGGAAUACGGGGAUAGAGCACUUUUUCAACUUGGUCUUCUCGGCAGACAGAAGAAGAUUUCAGUGCGAGUAGGAGGAAAAGUCCGUGAGGAAUGUGAGAAGUUGUUACAACGAGACUGGUUUCGCCGUAUCUGGGUGCUGCAAGAAGUGGGGGUCGCUCAAUCUAUUUCUAUCAUGUGUGGUACUGUUCAGAUCAACGGUUAUAAUUUUUGUAAGGGCCUAGAUAAUCUGGAGCCUUCUUCCACACUCAUGGCCAGAAUAAGCCCGGUCUCUUUUCUUAUCCGAGGUGCAUCUUUCCGGUCUUAUAACGAUUGCCAUUCCACUGCUACACUUUUGAUUGGUGAACUUGUUAGUAUGUACCGGAGUCACAAGGCAACUAAACAGCACGACAAGAUCUAUGCAUUGCUGGGCUUAAGUUCAGACUCGGAUAGUGCUGCCUUGGUCCCAGAUUAUGAGAUUCCAUGGCAUGAGGUCUUCAGGCGAGUCACACAACAUGUUUUUCCGAAAUGUUUUGUGGAGAUAUGUUAUGGUCAACAAACUUUCAAAGUUGCUUUCAAUCAAACUUGCCAGAAGCUGGGAUAUCGUGAUAAGUGGAAGGCUGAAUGGAGUUUACAAGCUUCUGGAGAGUUACUUCAAGAUGGUGAUAUUAUCUGUCUUCUUGAAGGCCUGUCACAGCCAAGUGUACUCAGAUUAUGUGCUGAUUACUACACGGUGGUAACACCUGUGGUGAGACCUAAGCAACAGGUACAGAUUACCGAGGAUGAUGUGACGGUCCGUGAAAACUGUUCUGCGCAUGGUCUGUGUGAUAUUUUCAUGGACUGGAAGGUAUCCGAGCCGGAACAUGAGACUGAUGGGGAAUGCCUAUCAAAGCUUACUGAGAUUACACCAAAGUAUUCUAAAGAACAUUGUGAAGCUGAGCGAAGACUGAACUAUACAACGACUGCUAUGGUAGAUGCUGCCAUGCAGUUAUUGAAACUGGGAGAAACUGGGAAAAGAGCAUUGGAUAAUAUACUGUUCAAGGGCAGGAUAAAAGGCGUGGAUACUAAUUUUCUUCUCUCGCAAAGUGACGGCAUAGUCUCCGGGGAUUUGAUAACUGCAGCUGAGGCAGUUCUGUGGCAAAAGCAUGAGUCCCCCUAUGCCUGGCAGAAGGUGCUCACAGUUGCAGCACGGGAUCCUCGACCCUGCGGAAUUAUUGUUACAAGCAUUCUCCUGCAGCGUCUACAGGACAAGCUACCAGUUCCUGAAGAGGUGGUCAAGGCGGCGGCAGCGAAU